AUGACUCCCCACGGGGAGGAGCACGGAGACGAACACAAGGAUGAGCACAAGGAGGAAGCCGACAAGGUAGAGGAGACCUCCGAGGAGAAGCCCGCUGAGGACUCUUCGGAGAAGGGGGAAGAGAAGGAGGAUAAAAUGGAGGAAUCCGAGUCCAAGGACGAAGACUCCAACAAGGAAUCCAAAGACGAUAAGAAGGAUAAGGCUACGAAAGACGAGUCCAAGGAUGAGAAGAAAGACGAGGCCACGAAAGAAGAGCUUUGA